AUGGCAAGCAAAGAAGAGAACAAAACGUUGAGUCAGGUGUACCAGGAGGAAUUUCAACCGGAUUAUUACAUCAAUCGAUAUUAUUCGGGCAUAGAUGCUGGAAACGAGUUCUGUCUAAAGAAUCUUCAUCAAUUCUUUGAACAAGAAUGUGGGGAGAAUAAAAACAGGAAAAAAGUUUUGGAAGUUGGUUCGGGACCUUUACCACUUUACGUAAUGUCAGCAAGUCGCUGGAGUAAUUCAAUUGUCUGUAGCGACUUCCUCCAACAAAACAGAGGAAAGUUGACCCAAUGGCUCUCAGAUGGACGGGAGGCUGACGAGAUUUGGUCAUCUGCCGAUAAAGAAUACGCAUUUCUCGUGUUGGAACGCGUCCGUCAUUCCGUUCGAUGCGUAAUACCGUGUGACGUGCUGCAAAGUGAUCCGCUUUUGGGCCACACAGAGUCCCCAUUCGACAUCAUCAUUUCGGUAUUUUGUCUUGAAUGCGCCGUAUCAUCCCCAAAAGAAUAUUCGAGUACUGUCUCCAAUGUAGUCCGCCUCUUGAAUCCUUCUGGACACCUGAUCAUGAUGGGAGGAUUAGAAGGUGAACAUUACUUUAUUCGAGACCGAAAGAUUCCAAGGAUCAAACUCACUCGGGAGAUGAUCAACUUGGCCUUGCAAAAUGCAGGGUGUGAAAUUGUUACCUGGCAUGAAUUACCGCGAAAUUUACGGCCUCCGGAACUUCCGAUUGAUUACACAGCAAUGUUCUUUUGUGUAGCCAAGAAAAUAUGUUGA